AUGGCUGGACUCAUCAAGAAGCAGAUCCUGAAGCAUCUCUCCAGGUUUGCUAAGAACUUGUCGCCAGACAAGAUCAACCUGAGCACGCUGAAGGGCGAGGGCCAGCUGACCAACCUGGAGCUGGAUGAGGAGGUUCUCCAGAGCCUGCUGGACCUGCCCACCUGGCUGGCCAUCAACCGCGUCGAAUGCAACAAGGCCGCCAUCAGGAUACCAUGGACGAAGUUGAAGACUCACCCGAUCUCUUUGACCCUGGAUAAAGUGGUGAUGGAGAUGAGCACCUGCGAUGAGCCCCGUCCUCCUAAUGGCCCGUCUCCCAUAGCAACAGCAUCAGGACAAAGUGAAUAUGGCUUUGCUGAAAAGGUGGUAGAGGGGAUAUCACUGUCCAUCAACUCCAUCGUCAUCAGGAUCAGUGCCAAGGCCUUCAACGCCUCCUUUGAGCUCUCCCAGCUGCAGGUCUACAGCGUCAACACCAGCUGGAGCAUCAGUGACCUGCGGUUUACCCGCAUCCAGGACCCUCAGAGGGGAGAGAUCCUCACGUUCAAGGAGAUCAGCUGGCAGAUGAUCCGCAUCGAGGCUGACGCUAUUCAGAGCGGCGAGCAUGAGAUGCUGAGCGCCCCCAUUCGCCUCAUCACCAACCAGUCAAAGAUCCGAGUCACUCUCAAAAGAAGGAUUAAGGACUGUAACGUGGUGGCCUCCAAGCUGAUUCUCGUCCUGGACGACCUGCUCUGGGUGCUGACCGACUCCCAGCUCAAAGCCAUGGUGCAGUAUGCCAAGUCUCUCAGCGAGGCCAUGGAGAAGUCUGCACAGCAGAGGAAGAGCAUGGCCACCGAAGACCAGGCGUCAUCGGCGCCCCCUUCAGCCCAGCAGGUGCGUACCCAGCAGGCGUCCACAGCAGCUGACCAGACUGCAACCAUGGCCAAUCUGUUCAGCUCCUACGACGUAUGCGAGACGUCCCACCACCUCCAGAUCACACACCUCGACCUGCACAUCUGUGACGACAUCCGCGCUAAGGACAAAGUAACCAAUAAGAGGAUAACAGGUGGAGCCAUGCAGCUUUCCUUUAGCUCCAUCACUCUGGACUACUACCCUUUCCACAGAGCAGGUGACAGUUGUCUCCACUGGAUGCAUUACAGCGAGGCCACCAAGACCAGAGAGGGCUGGGCACGGAGUCUGCUCGACGAGUUCAACUCCAACGUGGAGAUGUUAAAGACCACGGUUCGAGACCAGCAAGGCCCGGCCCCUGCGCACACUUCCCCACAGCACGGUAAGAUAAACACCUCUUCCAGCGCUUCCUUCAGUCCUCCUCUCCCUCAAAGCCCCAAGACCCAGCUCAUGUCCAGCUCUGUUGUGCUCAGGAUGGCUGACUUCAGCAUCUACCAGGUGUCGACAGCGGACCAGCGCCGCUCCAGCCCCAAGACCAUGAUCUCCUGCAAUAAGAAGUCCUUGUACCUUCCCCCAGAGAUGCCAGCCAUUCAUGUUGAGUUCACCGAGUACUACUUCCCAGAUGGAAAAGACUACCCUAUCCCGUGUCCUAACCUGUACGCCCAGCUGAACGCCCUGCAGCUGGUUCUGGAUCCUCGCAGCCUGGUGUGGAUCAACCUUUUCACCCUCGACCUCAGGCAGAGUCUGGAGCAGUUCAUGGAGAUCUACAAGCUCAGCGACUCGCAGAAACCCGAAGAGCACGUUGACAUCAAGGUUGACGGCCUCAUGCUCAAGCUGGUGAUUCCCACCGAUCGGGACACCUCCUGUCCCGCCGAUCUGCCUCGCUCCAUCUCAGUGCAGACCUCAGAAAUGGUGGCCACAAAUACCCGGCACCCGGCUAACUGCACCCGCUCCCACCUUGAGGCACUGCUGCAGGCGUUUGAAGAGGAGCCCUUCUUCUCUCCCUGCUUCUCCUCAUUCCCUCUCUCCUCCUCCUCCUUACCCCUCCUUCACCCCGUCUUCCAGCGUCACGCUCACGAACAAGACACCAAGCUCCAUGAGAUCUACCGGGGCCUGGUGGUGCCGACGUUGGGCACCGACUCCCUCAAAAUGCCAGCUGCCAGUGACUUUUGGGCGUUGCACUUUUCCCAGUUCUGGGUGGACUAUGAAGGCACCCGCGGAGGGAAGGGGCGGCCGCAACCCUUUGUGGACUCCUUCCCUCUGACCGUGUGGGCAAGUCAGCCUGCGAAGAUUGUCAAGCACCAGGAGAAGCUCAGAGGAGGUUUGUCCAGGAGCACAUCUGGAGAGGCUGUCACACGUCUGCAGAGGAAACGAUUGUUAAAGGACUAUUACAGUACCGACGGUGUUCCGGCAUCUGCACACGAUGCAACGCCGCCUCCCAGUAACGGACUCCACAAACCCCUCUCAUUGGACAGUCUGCCUUCCUCCUCCUCUUCUUUGUCAUCCUCAAGUAAAGAUGGAGAUGUGCAUAUAUUGGUGCAUGUGCAGAAGCAUUUAAGUGCUCAGGUGAGCCACCGGCAGUACGUGUUUCUGAUGCAUCUUCAGCGUAGCAUCAAAGCCCUGCAGCAGACACUUCAGCAGGAUCUGGAGGAGAUGGGCUCCAAGAAAGACCGCAAGGACCCCUCUCAGCAUGGUGAGGACCACCAGCCCUUCACUGUCUGCCUGGGCCUCCUGCUGAAAGGUGCAGAGGUGUCCCUGCUCCUGAAGCCCAUCCCCCAGCCUGAGGGUUCACGAUCUCCUCUGGGGUCCGAACUCUCCCCGUCAGAGAGCCGAGGAACUCUGGAGCCUGGAAGCGACGCAGGAGAGGGGAUGGAGAAGGGCAGUGAAGGAGCUGGAUCUGAAGGAGGAGCAGCAAAAGGGGCCUGCACUGUAGACCAGCUGUUAUGUGGCGAAGGAUCGGAGGGUCCUACCCCUCUCGUCCCCAACUCCACUUCAACUACACGUCCUGACUCAAAUCACAAAGCCUUACUGGAGGAGAGGACUUCAGCUAAGAACUCUGGGAGGAGGAGUUCAGACGAAGGGGGCGAGGCGAGAGCGGAGGGGAUGGAUGGAGGUGAAGAUGUAGGCGCUGGACUCGACUCUAAAACCCAGACCAGUGACCCCCUGUCUGACUGGAGCGACAAAGACAAGGCUGCAGCCGGCAAGAUGCCGCAGUCAAUAUCCAGGAAAGGAAGUUUGUCUGUGGUUUCUGAUCUCCUCAGCUCCUCAAACUCCAGCAGAUCCACCUCCCUUUAUUCCAUUUCCAACAUCGGUCGUUUGAUGCGGGACCGCUCCCAGUCCAGUUUCUCAGUGUCCUAUAAGAACAUGAAGAAGAGCCCGUCCCUGCAGUCGCUGGACAACAUCUCCAUAGACAGCUACCUGAUGGAGGACGGAGACACGUGCAGUCUGCUGGAGAGAGAUGACGUGUCCAUCUCCGGCUUCAAGGAUGCCAUAAGCGAACAGAGUGCCACCGAGAGCGCCACCGAGGCAGCGAUUGGGCCGGAGCAGGAGGGAGGCGUGUCCCCCGACACUGUCAGCGCGACCUCGCAGAGCAUCGACGAUCCCACCAAAGACACAGUGUCUGUGCUGGUGUUGAAGGUGCAGUCGGUGUGUGUGAGCAUGGAGGCGUUUGGCGAGAGCACGGCCGUGGCUCUGGAGGUGGGCCGGGUCACACCCAGCCAGCUGGGUAACGUCAGCCUGAGACAGUACCUCAGCAACCGCAGCCUGGGUAUGGUGUGUUCAGUACCAAUACCUGCUCAAAGCAGCCAAGGAGGCGGUGAGAGCAGCUCUGCAUCCGUCGGGGCCCUCCACAGUCCAGAGGUGCGGGCCCGCCUCGAGAGCGGGCCCUGCGCCGCCGCUCACUCGCCGCUGGCCGAGCGCAACGGCUUCCUGCAGCUGCAGCUCCACGGAUACCAAGCGAGCUUCUUGAUGUCCACGCUGCGUAACCUGGCUCACUUCCUGGAGGACGACUCGGCGCCGCUGGUGCUGCCCAUGGAGAUCAGCGUCAGGGACACGCACGUCAACUUAAAGGACGACGGCCCCCGUGACAAUCCGGAGCCCUCGCCGAUCACCCUGCAUGUGGACAGUCUCAUCAUACACAGAAGAGACGACGGCUCCUUCUCGAUAGGAGUGGACACCGCAGCGGAGACCAAACCCAGGAAAGAGGGUGCGUUUAGUGACGGCGUUCUCACUCCGGUUCCUGAGGUCGUGGGCGUUUUCUGCGGCGUACCAAAGGCUACACAGACCCAAGCCCCGCCCACCAGCCCUCCUCCACCUACCAGAGAAAAGAUGCUGGUGGAGGAAAACGAAUGUUUGAAAGUGGAGCUGUCCCGAGCCAAGAUGGCGCUGGCCGAGGCUCAGAUGGAGAAGGACUCGCUGCUGCACCUCAUGAAGAACCUCAAAGUUAGCAGCAGCUAGAACCGGCUCUCUCUUCACACCCAGCCAGUCAUUCAGGCCCCCCCCCCCCCCCCCCCCCCCCCCCCCCCCCCCCCCGCUGGUCUGCAGUUAUGAAGACUGACACUAAUGGGCAGCAAAAAAAAAAAAAUGAAUGGCAACAUCAACAAGCAAAGAAAAAGACUAAAGCGGCUCCUUUACACGCUCACUUUGUUGAGUGAGCCACAAUGUGACUUUAGACUUCAAAAUAAUUCCCUCAUAAAGCAAUGCAGUCUGUAUGAAGACGCAGAAAUACACAGUUCUACACGCUUUCCGUCUGUUUUAAGUUCUCCACUUCUGACUGGAGGCCUGGAGAGAGUUGAAAAGGGAGACAUUUAAUGGGACUUUGUGUGUGUGUGUGUGUCUGUCUGUGUGUGUGUGCGUGUGUGUGUGUGAAAGGAUGAAGAUCUAUAUCCAUGGCUGUGCCUACAGAACACCCUUCCCCACACUAUUCCUGUUGUGCAUGUAAAACAGAAACGGAUCACAGUUAACCUUAGAUGAGCUCCAUUCAAUCCCGUACGUAUGAAGGAACACUGAAUGUCGUAUCUUCAGAGGAAUGUCUAAAAAAGAAAUAACUUAUUUUGCACUGCACAGAAAUUAAACUUGUAAUUUAGUGCUUUCAUAUUCAGAGGGGACGAGACAAAUCAUGCUCUCCGAGUGUGUACAGUGUAUAUUGUUUAAGAAUGUGAACACAUAACUAUUUUCUUCAGAACUUUGAAUGGUUAUGCAGUGUUUCAGUUGAAUAUGUGUGUGUGUGUGUGUGUGUGUGUGUGUGUGUCAGUCAGAAACAAGCAUUUCAUUAGGAGUAGAGGAUACAUUUCUAACUGAAAGUUACACAGCUUUGUCAGCAAAAUGCCCCACAAUAGUGUCUGUACCCCCCCCCCCCCCCCAACCCCCUCCUAUUUUUCUAUGUGUAUAUAGUUACUUAACAUGUGCAGCACUUUUAAAACUGAGGCACUGUGUAUAUACGACAGAGAGAACAAGAGUUAGAAACAUUUAGUAACGCGUGUGCUCUCUUCCAAAAAAGAAAGAAGAGUAGGAAAAGAGAGGCACAUUGAAGCUGCCUGACUACAUAUAAGUGUACGUGUGUCUUUAUGUACGUUUCUAAUCUGCCACGUGUAAUUCUUUCAAGGGUUAGGCAUUGACCAUAUCUGCUGCUGAUCCAUGCUUCACGCCUGUGUGACGACUUCAGAGGAAACCCACUGAGUAGAUGUUGAGAAUGACUUCCAACAGCACACACUUUGGCACAGUGCAAAGGACAGUUUGAGGUCUCACACCUGACAGUUAACGAGUAGAUUCAGUACAUCCUCCGGUCUAAAUAUGCAACUGUGACGACGUGAACUUUAGCUUGGCCUACUUCAUUUCAAUUUCUAUAUUUACAAAAAAAAAAAGAAAGUUGUUCUGGUUCUUUUUUAAAAGACAUGAAACGGAACUAGUUAUCUGCACAAACGUGAUGUCAAGACUUGAGAAGUCCGGGGUAGGAUUUUAACAUGAUUGUAUGUAAAGAGUUUUGUUUUGGUGGAGAGGAACAUUUUUCUUUUUAUCAUGUUUUUUCCUCCGUUCAUCACGGCCCAGUUUUCUCUGGGGGAAUCCACCGCCCUCAGAAAUUCUGUGGAGGAAAGAAGAAGACACAAAAAGUAAUAAGUUGUAUUUUGUCUGUCAAAGCUGCUGAAAUACUGCUGAAAAUAAAAAGGCUAUCCGAUUUAAGGAGUU